AUGAACACACAAAAUUUCGCCACCACCGUCCCUACCAUCGCUAGCUCUGCCAUCGCCGGCUCCGCCACCGUGUUCGUGUCGUCCAGUGCCACACACCACGACAUCGACAUGCGCCCAUUCAUGGUAGUGCUCAUUGCAGUCGUGGGAAUGGUGGUCGGUAUUCUUGGGCGAGUCCUUUGGACGAGCCGGCGGAACAGCAGCCAAUCCAAGCAGCCUGACAUCGAAGAGCAGCUGGUGCAAGAGGUGCAAGAGGUGCAGAAGCCGCAAAAGCCGCAGAGGGGGAGGAUUACGUUGAUAUUCGAACCCGAAUUCUCAAAAGUGGACGCCAACCAAGACUCCGAGAAGGACUCGGCCGCUCCCUGCUCUCGCCUCGCGAGCCUCGAGUCUGGCACCGCCACUGGCGCACUCGAGUUCGCGCGUCCGCAUCCCCCACCAUUGCAGGCCCCUGAACCUGCGGUGCUGCCUAUCAGUACACGUCACGAUGGGGCGACGCUGUGGCCUCAGGAGAAGCGGGAGGAAAUCUGCCUCGAGCUGGACGAGUUCGGGAAGGAGAGGACGGUCACUCGACCAGUUCCUGCGGCAUUGAUUUGGUAA